AUGGACGACGAAGAAGAAAAUUACUGCAAACAAGCUGCCUUGCAGCAGCUGGCAGACCUAGGUAGCCUCAGACGUGAUGGCAUCUCGGCUGUUGAAGAUGAUAAAAAAUUGAAGCAGCAUCAGAGGUUCCAGCCAGAGCUGCCACAUGGGUUUGGUAAACCUUUUCCACAGCCCCAGGGCGAAGAUCAGGACAAAAAAGAAUUCCUCAACGCAUGGUCUAACCUUCACACCAUCGUUGGAGAUACCAAAGAAGAGCUAAGCUCAAUCAUGGGAGGCCAGAGCCAUCGCUCAAAGCUCAACAAUGAUCUUCUCCAUAGCUGGGUUGGCAGUCAGGAUCCGCCUCCCCAGCAGCACCGCGGCCCUAAGCCUGGUAAACCACUGCCCAAAAUGGGGUACAAGCCUGUGUACAAAAGUGCCUCCAAACCACCACCAUAUUCCAGGGUGCCACCAACUGUCCGGUCACCGCUAACUGCAAGAGCAACACCAGCUGCAAAGCCAUCGGCUCCCAAGUCAUCGCCAGCUGCAAAGCCAUCACCAGCCCCCAAACAAUCAGCUUUCAAGGCAUCAGCUUUCAAGGCAUCGCCAGCUGGCAAGAAAUCACCAGCUCCCAAGCCCUCCCAGGGCCCCAAGCCAUCGCCAGCUGGCAAGAAACCACCAGCUCCCAGGCCCUCGCAAGCGUCCAAGCCGUCGCCGAGUCUUAAGGCAUCACCAACCUUGAAGCAGCUACCAGCUUCUAGGCCACAGCCAGCUUCUACCCAGGGGCGUCGCAGGGUUGAGCUUACAGGGUACAACCUUCCCCAGCCGCAGACGAGCAGCGCAGCUUUCCAGCCACGGCGUCACCACGAAGAGGACUUACUUACUUUCGAUAGCCCGCCCUCCGCCAACUCUCGCCACAAGAGCCCUGUAAAGGUAUAUCAGUCCGCAUCAAUGUGUGAUCUCAUGGAAAUUGACGACGGCGAGAUGCUCACUAACAAGCCCACUAUGACCGGACGCAAUGCUUCUAACUUCGCCCCGCCGGGAAGUUACGACAAAGCCAAACCACAGAAAGGCUCUACCGAAAACGCGCAAACUUCGGGCCUCAUGGCUUCCAAAUACGCUACCGUGGACGACGAUUCGGUCACAGAGGGCUCGAUUGGUAAAGCUGCAACCCAGAACAACAGCAAUACGAUUGACUUUUGGCAAGAGGCCUUGCCUCGCUCUGUGAAGGGUAUUAUCAAAGAAAAAGCCGGGUCUUCUUCUGCCGAGAAGGGCCCUGAACCUUUGGCUAAAUCUCGCUGGGCACAUUGA